AUGAACAACACAUUACAGUACAAAAUUUAUUGUGUAAAGUUAUGUGCACAUAUGAACAGUAACCGGAACAAUGGUGACAACGAUAAUACAAUUUAUUUGCUCCAUAAAAUAGGUAAACAGUGUAGUGUGGAUAAAUUACCUUCACAAAAAAUAUAUGCAGCAUUAGGAAAAAAUGGCAAACAUACAUGUACAAAUAGCAGUUCAUGGACAACAGAAGUAGGGAGUAUUUUGAAAGGUAAAUUAAGGCACUCCUGGGACGAUGAGGAAGUAUAUGCCAAAGAAAUUACGAAAAGCUGGUGUAAUGUAUCAACAGUGCUUAGGGAGAAACCAUCCUGUUCAGCAAUUUGUAACUUCUUUUACUACUGGUUAGGAGGUACAUUAUGUGAUCGCUUGAAUACAUGGAGUUCAUUUAAGACUAUUAUGCAACAAAUCUACAGUAAAUUGGAAGACUCCGACGUCCAAUGUACUUACAUAUCUAUGCAAGAUACUGUUGACACGGAAAUCUUCAAGCAAAGGAAACAGUUAUUUGAUUAUUAUUACGAUUAUAGAACUAUAUUGAAAGAGUUGAAGAUUUGCACAACCACUGAGUGUUCCUGUAAAGGGAAAUAUGAUGACUACCUAAAGGAUGUUGAAGACGCUCAUAAGCAGGUAGAAGCAAACUGUGGGAAGGGUAUCGAUUAUUACUGUAACACAUUUUGGAACAAGUUGAAGGAUAGUAAAAUCCCAAAGCCACCAAAUUUGCAAAAUGGAAUAACGAAUGGGGAGGACAUUACAGAGAACGAGGAGGACGGAGCAGAUGUGCUUAGUUGCUUAACACAGCUAUCUUCAGCAAUUCCUGAAUUAACAGAACCAACGCCAGCACUUCAUUCAUCAUCACCACAGGAGGGUGGUAGUGUCGCCCCUGCUGCUGUGUCUGCUGCUGGUGGACUUGCCGCAAUAGGAUUUCCUGCAGUAAUGUUCGUUUUAUAUAAGUAUAAUUUUCUACCUAAUUUAUUCCGCAAGAAACUUAGAGGAAGAAGCACAAGAAAAAGAUCAUCAGAACGGAACUUAGACAUCCUAAUGGAAGAUUCUACAACGGGCGGCUCCACGAUCGACGCAUCGGAAAAGAGUUCCACACUGGACGAUUCUACAACAGUAUAUUCUUCUGCUCCAUACACUACUACCACAUCUAGAAGAGCAAGUAGUGCAGAACAUCAAGGGGGACAAAGAAAUAAUAUAGGUUAUCAAAAUAUGUAA